CAUUUCUUAUCGAGCGAGCUCGAACAUGCAGCGCUCAGCAGUCAUCAUUCUGAGUCUGGCAUGCCUGGGCGAUUUGCGCAAUAUUAAUAGGGAUAAUUUUAAAAUGUUGCUGUCACCAAAGUAUCCACGCGCUGGGGAUCUGUUCAAUGUUACCUUCCGGGUUACGUCGACAGACGAUCUGCCCGAAGACUGUACAAGUAUUGAUCAAGUAUAUAUGCAGUCUAAAAAAGGUGAAAACUUAACGGUGCACAUACUGAACAACACGGCCUUGUAUCACAACGCGUCUUCAGCAGUGGCCGUGGUUGCCAAUGGUGCAUUGGAGUAUGAAGCUUUAUGCAAUGGGGCAUCUCUCACUGGAGUCAGUCCUAUGAUCGGCGCCAAAUUAGAGAACAUAGACUUUAACUGUAUUUGUUGGGUCAGCGGCGAUAUGGUCUGCACCUUCAGUAAACCACAGUUUGAUAAAAAAGAAGGCUAUUACAGGGCAAACUUCACGCUGCAUCGCGAAGGACAAGGGACGCCGACAACCUGCUCUUAUAAAGACAAAAGUGAAACACAGGUGGAGUGCAAACUAACAAUUGAGCCUUUGACAACAUUGACUCUCUCGCUGAACAUGACGGAUGAUGGUGGUGAACAGGGACUAACCUUUAAUGUUUCCCAACAAGAGUCCAUCAUGAUGGAUGCGCUCACAGAGUGGAUGCGACUGAAUCACACUAGCAAUAGCAUUUGCCUGAGUUUCAAGAACGAACUGCAAAGCGAAUACAAUGUAAAUGCUAUCGAGUGGUCUGUGUAUCUGACGGACCACAAUCACACUUUUCAAUCAAUCAAUAAUACUUCUGAAUACGAGACUAACGUGGAUAUCAUUUGUGUAUGGGAGCUGCUCUAUCCUCAUUACAGCUAUACAUUCGACAUUAAGAGGCGUGCCAACAGCAAAGCUCCCUGGAGUCCUUCCUUUGUCCACAGCUUCAGCACAGCCGCCGCUCUGCCAUCAGGUCCGCCGCUUGUGUGGCCAAGUGGCUAUGAGCUCAAUCUCGACGAAGGAACACUCAGCGUCUACUGGCAGCAGCUGGAUGAGCUGAAACACAAUGGUGAAAACUUUACUUACAAUGUCAGUGUCCAAAACAACAACAAAAACAACAGAAGCCUAAUCAAACAUGUCAAAAUUGAUAUCCGGCCAAGUCAGGCCAUAAUCAGUAAACUUAAUAUGAAAAGUGGCAGCUAUAUAAUAAUAAUACGUAGCCAAAAUGAAAUCGGAGUGUCGGAGAACAGCAGCGAAAUUGUCGUGGAGAUGUCACCCGAACCAUAUAAAUUGAUGCCGAGGAAUGUAACAUUGACGGAAAAGUUAUUGGUUUGGGCAGAGCCGCAGCGGACUGACCAACUGCAGAGCUACACGGUCUUCUGGUGCAAACUGAAUGGGACAAAUCACAGAAAAUGCAAUGAUACCCUGUCGAUAAUGUCGGAGCAGGUGGUCCAUACCAAGUGCUCUUUCAUGAAAGAAGGUUUUGGAGAUGGCACCUUUAUAUGGGCCGUCUCGGCCAAUUAUGGUAGCGGCAGCGGCAGUGGCGGAAUGCGCUGGAUGAAUCCGUUGUAUACUGAAGUUCAUCAUGAAUAUCAUGGUGGGAUGAUUGACAGUUUGAAAGCUUUAACAGCUCUUGUGGUGCUCGUUGUUGUAACGUAUGCAGUAAUCCGCCGAUGUCGAUUUAUGUCCAACAUCGGUGUAGAUUUGCCGGAGGGUCUUUUCAAGGAACUGGAGCUAAAUACAGCUGAGCAGCCAAGCCCAAAAGAAGCACACGAGAAGACAACCGAUCUAGUUAACGCCCCGGAAAUGACCCUCGAGUUAUUAACCGAUUUUAGGCCGCACGAUGAUUUCACAGCACAAACUCAACUUCCAGUCAAUGAAGGUUAUCUCAAAAUGGAUCCCCAACAAGUAAAUGCCGAGUACAAGUUCCUCACUUCUCAAGGUCGCACUAUUACUGCCUUGGGGUAUUGUUCCACAACGCAAAUGUUUAGCGACUAUAAAUAAAAAAUGUGCUUUCACCUUCGAAAUCCGGGCUCAAAUUUUCAAAAUACGGGUAGAUUUUUUUUGAGUGUAAUAGUAGAAAAUAUUUUUAAAAAAUAAAAACAAUCACCAUAUUUUUCAGAUUGUCAAUUUAGGUACUAAGCAGACAUUAUUGUAUUGUGAUUUAGGGCAAGCCUAAUUUUAAGAAUUAUUUGUUUUAUAUUUAGGAUUUAUUUCUAAAAACAAGAAAAGUUUUCUAGUUUUCAGGGCGAUCUUUUUCCUGAAUGUAUCAAAAACAAUAGUGCUUUAUGUAAGAAUAAUAUUAAUUAACUUAAUUCAUGGAGAAUAUUUUAGUUUAAUAUUUCUUGACCAUUUCAGGAUCAGUGUCGCCUUAUUGUCUCUGGAUUUUAAACUACCGUUUUUUAUUCAUAUAACGACCGCUGUAAUAAUUUUAAAAAAAUUGUCCCAAAAUCUGGACAUUGAAACGUUUUUCUUGAAGUUAUA